AUGUCACUCUUCCGUCCAACUGCUCACUUGUUCAUCUGGUCCCUAGUUUGGGGAGGUUCAGGUUACUAUUCAUACGUUGCUUCACCAAUUGCUUUUAAAACAUUAUCAAGAAAAGAAUUCUCAGCUUUACAAUCCAAAAUAUUCCCACAUUUCUUCCUUGCUCAAAGUGUUAGUCCUUUGUUGAUUGGGUUGACAGCUCCUUAUGCCCUAACAACUGGUGCUUUAGUCACUUUAGGUACUGCUGUCAUUGGUGGGUUAACUAAUCUAUUAUGGUUAUUACCAUCUACAAGAAAGAUUAAAGAAGCUAGAUUCAAGUUGGAAGAUGAAGGUAAAGAAGAUAGUGUUGAACAUAAAGAAUUAAGUAAACAAUUUGGUAAAAUUCAUGGAUUAUCUUUAUUGUUCAAUUUUGUUAAUUUUGCAGCAUUGACAACUUAUGGUUUCAUUUUAACCAAGAAUAUUAUUCGUUAUGUUCCUAAAUAG